UCAACAUUUAGCUACUGUGACUGUAAGCGGUGUGGAUAUACGGUCGGUGUGUUUGAGUCGGAACGCCGCUACCCUGAACGAGUUGUAGGAGGGACGUCUCCAGCCUCCGAGCGCUGAGGAUGAGCUGUGCAGGUGCCCGGUAGCGCGCGGUUGGAGUGUGUGCGUGAGAGGCGACCCCUGCCCUUGUUUUGCCGUUAGCGUAGCCCGCCUCAGCACUCAGCGAGAGGCACUGACUGCACCUAGCCUAGCUUUAUCCGAAAAAGUUAUUAAACUUCACAGAUUGCUUCGCGUGAUAUUGUCAUUGCUCGUUAAAUCUACCUUCUGGGGUAUAACAUCGGGGGAAAAUUGCGAAUAGCUCAUUUUAGCUUUGCUAAACGCUCUCGGCGGUUAUCGGCAACUAGUAGUAGCUGCAGCGCUAGCAGCAGAGACUGUCACUGACUGUGUGUGUUCAGCAGCUUGAUGGACUUUGAUAGCAUCGAAGUUUAAUGAGAGAAAAUAAUAUUUUCCUUCUUUCCGAACUGGAAUGUCCUGAAGAACCCCCCCGCCUGCAGUUUGUGCGCAGUUAGCGACGUCGCCGGUGUUUCAGCUGCGAAGGAAGCCGUUCGUGCUGCAGGGCAGGCAGGCAGGCAGGCAGGCAGGCAGCAGCUGAGCUGAGCCCGUGUGUGACUGAACCUGGCGCGGCCCGGCAGCUGCCUGUACUCACACACUCUGUCUGUACUUAGUAAAGUUUAGCGCGUGCGCUAAGUUCCCGGAGAAAAAGAAGAGCAGAGAGCGACUGCUGCGGGAGCGCUAAAUUCUGAAGAGCGAGCCAUCUGCAUCUCUGCAUCAUCAUCAUCAUCAUCAUCAUGUCGUCCUUCUCGGAGAACGCGCUGGAGAAGAAGCUGGCCGAGCUGAGCAAUUCGCAGCAGAGCGUGCAGACCCUGUCCCUGUGGAUCAUCCACCACCGCAAGCACUCGGCGCUCAUCGUGCGAGUGUGGCACCGCGAGCUCAAGAGAGCCAAAACCAGUCGAAAGCUGACAUUCCUUUAUCUUGCCAAUGAUGUGAUCCAAAACAGCAAAAGAAAAGGGCCAGAAUUUACAAGGGAUUUUGAGAUGGUCCUUGUUGAUGCCUGCUCUCAUGUUGCCAGAGAAGCAGAUGAGGGUUGUAAAAAGCACAUGGAGAGACUCCUCAAUAUUUGGCAGGAGCGUGGUGUUUACAGACCAGACUUCAUCCAGCAACUGAAGCUGGCCAUCGAGGACUCAAACAGUCCCAAGCGCAAACACUCGGAUGAGAAGAAAGGCACAAAACGUUCCUACCAGAAAGUUCAGGAGGAUGAAGAUGAGGAAGAAGAGGAUGAUGACUACAGGGGACACUACUCUCCACGGGACACUGAUGCUACAACCCCACUGCUGACUGAAGAGCUGAUCAAAGCCCUGCAGGACUUGGAGAAUGCUGCCUCUGGUGAUGCUGCUGUCCGUCAAAAAAUUGCUUCCUUGCCACAGGAAGUCCAGGAUGUUUCACUCCUGGAAAAGAUCACAGACAAGGAGGCUGCGGACAAGCUUUCAAAGACUGUGGAUGAAGCUUGUCUGCUUCUGGCAGAAUACAAUGGGCGCCUGGCUGCUGAGCUAGAGGACAGAAGACAGCUAGCGCGCAUGCUGACUGAGUACAUCCACACUCAGAAGGAGGCUCUCAUUGAGAGGGAGAAGAAACUGGAGGAAUACAAGCAGAAGCUGGCCCGUGUGACCCAGGUGCGCAAGGAGCUCAAGUCCCACAUCCAAAGCCUGCCGGACCUGUCCUUGCUGCCCAAUGUGACAGGGGGCUUGGCACCGCUGCCUUCAGCUGGGGACCUUUUCUCUACCGACUGAGCCUCAUCCAACUCUUCCCUAAUCUUCACCACAUUGCUGUUUUACUUGGGAGAUCCAGUGCUCCUUUGUCAGCAGACAGGAAUUUCCUAAACUACUGAAAUGGAUCCCACAGAUGUACUCCCCCCUACCUUGGAGAUAGCCAUAUGCUGACAUCUGGGCUUUACCUGAUUCCUGCUUCACCAGCUCGAGAACUGGAAAUUAGAAGUACCGUCAACAGCUGGGGAAAGAUUUUAUCCAUUUUAUCUUUUUUUUUUUUUUUUUUUUCUUUCUUUUUUUAUAUUACCCGCGAAUACCAAACUCUGGUCUGUGAAGAAGGAUAUCCAAAAGUAAAUCUUGUUCUUUAGAUCUGUAGUUUGGUUUGAAUUUAGUGGUUGGUGUGGCUUGGUUGUGAAACAUCAAGUAAAAUGCCAGUUCCAUAAAGUUCCCAAUUUAUUAGAAGUCAGGCUUUUCACAAAUGCUACUGAUAACAUUAUUUACAAGUGUUAAAAUACAGAUCUCUUCAUAGAUGUGCAGCUGAGUAGAAAGUUUUGCAUAGUGGAUUUUGUUGUUUAAACACACUAUACAAGCUCUGUAUCAAGGCUUUCUGUAUUGAGUUUCAGAGCUCUAUACAGACAAUUCAAGUGUUUUGACACCUAUGCAUAGUUUGCAUAUUUAAUUUUAUUGCCUUCUCUGCUUGUCGAGCUUCUAGUGCAAGAGAUGGAACUGCCCCUAGCAUUUUGCCCUUGAAGUAAAUUCAUGAAAGCAGUUUCAUGAAAUCACAUUUGCAUAUAAAUCUUGGAUUUCCCCUGGUAUUUAUAUGAAAAUAAAAAUGAAUUA